UGCAGGGUUUUUAUAAGAUAUGGCUAUAACUUGCAAAUUCCUUUGGCAGAAUUGGGCACAAGAUCAGUCUCCAAGGACUCCAAUACAAUUUUAAUUUGAAUCAUCUUGGAAUUGCUUGGAUUCGGUCGGGCUCGAUCAAAUGUGUUAGGAAUCGGGGUGGGUUCAUCAGAAUCAGUAGGUCGAUUCCCUCUUUACCAUUGAAUGGUGAAUAGUUAUUCUGAUAACAAGGGAUUACACCGUUAAUCCCUUCUUUCUCUCUCUCUCUCUCUCUCUAUUAUAUAUUUUCAUUCUGCUAUGUAUGUAUCUAGUUAGAAACAAAUAUGAUCGCAAAAUGGAUGAGACGUGCCCAACAGAGUUUCCUCCUUUGCAUGUUAAGCUUAUCGCCAAGGUGGCAGAGUAGAGUUGCCAUGAAAACGAAAGCUUCCGACACGUACUACAACCGUGUAAGAUUAAAUAAUUGCUACAUUAAGGAGUAAAAGACAGGGUUCUGAACUAUAGCUCUUUCAACUUAGAAGCGUCACCAGCAACGAUGCAGAUGAUGGACAGCAACAGCGAAGCCAUUAGCGAAGCUCGGUGGUUGAGGGAGAAGAAGGUGCAGGAUCUGAUGUUGGAGAAGAGGAGACUAGUGGAAGUUCCCUACACGGCCUCCUUGGCCGACACCCUUAACGCUCUGGUGGCCAACCGAGUCUCGGCUGUCCCUGUAGCGGCACCGCCUGGCCAAUAUAUUGGAGCUGGUGGGUCAAUGAUCAUGGAGUCCGAUAAGAUCACUGGUGCCGUCCGUAAGCACUUUAUCGGCAUGGUUACCAUGCUCGACGUCAUCGCCUACAUCGCUGAACAACUCUCUGAGGAUCCCGAUCAAAGCUUCGAUUUGGAUAAGCGCAUGUCGGUUCCUGUCUCUUCCAUCAUCGGUCACUCCCUUGAAAGUCUCUGUCUCUGGACCCUAAACCCCAACACCAGUCUUCUAGAUUGUAUGGAAGUGUUCUGCAGAGGCAUACACCGAGCUCUAGUUCCAGUGGAGGGUCAUGCAGAGAACAUCACCGGAGUGGAAUUGGCAGAGUCUGCCACUAGUUACAGGAUGCUUACCCAGAUGGAUAUCUUGCGUUUCUUCAAGGCAAACGCAGCUGAGAUGGAGGAAAUUCUGUCUCGCCCUGUUGGGGAAUUGGGAGCGAUUGCCUUGUAUGUUUUUGGUGUCACAUAUCGCACCAAAGCCAUUGAUGCCAUUAAAUGCAUGGCCACUGCUUCCCUGCAAGCUGUCCCCAUUGUUGAAGCCUCUGAAGACCCUCAAGAAGAUCGCAGGCAACUUAUAGACGGGAAGGGUAGGAAGCUCAUAGGGACAUUCUCUGCAACUGAUUUGAGAGAGUGUCCGGUCUCUUUGCUGCAGUCAUGGCUGCCUCUUGAUGUCAUGGAGUUCACCGAGAAAUUAUCAACAGCGAGAGUCGGUCCUUCGGGACAUUCUUCGAGGGAGCUUGUGACUUGCUACUCUGAGACGAGCCUUGGGAAAGUGAAUGAAAUGGCUGUGAAUGGACAUGUACAUAGAGUAUGGGUUGUGGACGAACAAGGUUCGCUCAUUGGGAUCGUCUCUCUUACAGAUAUCCUUCGAAUGAUAAGGGUCUCGCUUGCAUCAUUAGAGACUUGAGAGAUUUGCGAUUGUAGAGUGUAGCCCCUCCGCUGUACUUCUGUACGUGUCUUUACAAUUUGAAGUAUAGAAUGCUUUUCAAAA